UCUCAUACGGAGAAGCAUGUACACUUUCGUGUUGCACUUGUUGUUGUGCGUCGCUGAGCUGUAAUCCUACCGAAGAAAAGGCCAAGCCCAAAUCCACAGGCAGACAAGCGUCUGUGCUGGUGUCUCUUGUCAUCGGUACAACGGUACAAGAGAAUUCCCUUGCUGUUAGUUCCCACUUCCUGUUGCCGUCGUGAGACUGAGAGAGAAAGAGAGAGUCCUGUUGCCGUUGAGAGAGAGAGAGAUGGCAUCGAUGUUUGGUGGGACGACGCAGAAGUGCCAAGCGUGCCAGAAGACGGUGUACUUAGUCGACCAGCUUGCCGCCGACGGCAGGAUCUACCACAGAGCCUGCUUCCGGUGCCACCACUGCAAAGGAACCCUCAAGUUCAGCAAUUAUAGCUCCAUUGAUGGAGUUCUUUACUGCAAGCCUCACUAUGACCAACUCUUCAAAAUGACCGGCAGCCUGGAUAAAAUUUUCGAAGGUGCUCCGAAAUCUUCUAAGAUAGACAGAUCUAUCGGUCAACAGGGCAUUGCUAAUAACCGGUACUCGACUAUUUUUCUCGGGACACAAGACAAAUGUGUUGAGUGCAAGAAAACAGUGUAUCCAAUUGAGAAGGUGGCUGUUGAUGGAAACUCAUACCACAGGCCCUGCUUCAGGUGCAGCCAUGGAGGCUGCACCAUUAGCCCAUCUAACUUCAUCACACAUGAGGGAAGACUUUACUGCAAGCACCACCAUGCUCAGCUAUUUAUGACCAAGGGCAAUUUCAGCAGCUUCAGCAAGGUUGAAGAGAAGAAUGAAGACAUAACAUUGCCUGCUGAUAAAGUUCUUGUUGAAGGUGUCCAAGUUGCAUAAACCUCUCCAGUGUUCUUCAAGGCCUUGUGCUUCAAUUUUUCCCAAGGCACUUACAUGAUAGUGUGACAACCAGUUGCUAGUACUAAGCUUUGGAAGAACUUGUCUUUGUUCAUAUUCUUUUGAUGUGUGAGUUGCAUAAAUCAAUGUCUGUUUGAGCUGUAUUAUGGAGUCAUAAUAGUUGAUGAAUAGUUUUUUUA